AUGUUGCGAUGCCUCAAUCCAAGUCUUAGAUCAAGCUUUCGACGAUUAUAUUGUAACAAUGUCGGAAUCAAAUUAUUAUCUACAGCAUCAGUCGCAAGACAAAUGACAAAAGAAAACCUCACUGCUGAGCGACGAAAGGCUAUCAUUCAAUCAGAACCAUAUUUCGAAUCAUCGUGCUAUCCUUCAAUAGCUGAUGCUCGCCAGCAAUACCCUGAUGCAACCUUGCUACGGAUUUCAGAUUUUAGGAAUAGGUUCGAAACGACUGAUUUUAGUAACUAUGAAUACAAUCGAACCAGCGAGUGCUACAACAUCGAAGGGCGAAUAAGUGGUAUUAGAAAGUUUGGCAAGGCAAUGUUCUUUUUUGACCUUGUACAGGAUAAUUGCAAAUUGCAAGUCUUGAUAUCUAACUCACUAGUGGUUUUAGAAAAGUCAGAGUUUGAUCGUGUGCACUCAUGGUUUAAGGAAGGGGAUUAUGUAAGCUGUCAUGGUUUUGCAUCGAGAACUAAAACUGGUGAGUUGACAUUGAAAGUCAACACACCCGUGAGGAUGCUCAGUCCCUGUUUGAUCCAAUUACCAGACAAGCUUAUUGACAAGGGAAUAAUUAAUCAAAAUAGGGUCAUGAACUAUCUUGUGAACCCUAAAUCCGCAAACCCUAUUAUUGUCAAAUCACAAGUUAUACAAGCAAUACGACAAUUUUUUAUCAACAAAGGGUUUUUGGAAAUGCAAACCCCAAUUUUGAGCAGCUUGGGGACAGGUGCCAAUGCGCAACCUUUUUUAACUAAAUUCAAAGAUGAUCACGUACAGUUGCGAGUGGCACCGGAGUUGUGGUUGAAAAAAAUGGUUAUUGCUGGGUUUGAAAAGAUUUUUGAAAUCGGUAACAAUUUCAGAAACGAAGGUAUCGAUCAAUCGCACAAUCCAGAAUUUACCUCAUGUGAGUUUUAUCAGAGCUUUACCUCCUUGGAAGAACUUAUGAAUAUUACCGAGGAACUACUUAAACAGAUAUUCCAUAAAUUCAAGGUUCCAUUAGGUGGAACUGAACAAACUAAAGUAUCGUUGAAGUCCAUCAAAUUUCCGAAGUACGAUUUUUUGCCAACUUUGGAGGAAAUCACUGGAAAAAAGAUUAACGAUUUGUCAUUGGACAGUUUACUUACAUUAUACAAGGAGCUUGGCAUCACAGUUCCUUCUAACCCCAAUCCAAUCAGCCUUGUCAACAAUUUGAGUGAAACAUAUCUAGAGUCGCUUUCAGUAACAAAACAUUACAAUGUCCCAGUGAUUAUAUACAAUCAGCCAGAGAUCUUGUCUCCCUUGGCCAAAUCUAAAACUGACGGGCAUAAUGGAAUUCCAGUUUCUCUACGCUUCGAACUUUUUAUUAACGGCAAGGAAUAUGUCAACGCAUACGAAGAGGAAAAUAACCCAAAAAUUCAGUUGGCCAAGUUUCAGCAACAAAAGGCGAACAAGCAAAAAUAUGGAGACAAUGAAAUGUUGAUCCCUGAUUGGGAAUACGUCAAGACAAUGGAGAUGGGCUUACCUCCAACAGGUGGCUGGGGUAUUGGUAUUGAUAGAUUGGCAAUGUAUGUAAGUGGAGCUGAACGCAUUGAUGAAGUGUUACCAUUUGGAAAUUUGAGGGAUGUAUUGAAACAAUGA